UGGAUUGUAGUGGGGUCCGGUUUCCAGGCUGCCAUGAGGAAAGGGUGUUGAAAAGCAACUGUGCACGCCUUUGGGCUCAGAGAUGGAUUCAUCAGAACGAUCAACAGUUAGAAGUGAGCAGAAAUCCAGAAAAUUCUUAAAAAGUCUAAUAAGAAAGCAGCCUCGGGACCUUCUUCUUGUAAUUGGAACUGGGGUAAGUGCUGCGGUAGCACCAGGAAUCCCAGCGCUGUGCUCCUGGAGAAGCUGCAUUGAGGCUGUAAUUGAAGCAGCUGAACAGCUGGAGGUGCUUCAUCCGGGAGAUGUUGCUGAAUUUCGUAAAAAAGUAAUCAAAGAUAGAGACCUGCUUGUGGUUGCACAUGAUCUCAUCAGGAAAAUGUCACCACGUACUGGGGAUACGAAGCCCAACUUCUUCCAGGAUUGCUUAAUGGAGGUGUUUGAUAAUUUAGAACAACACAUUCAGAAUCCUGUUGUUCUGCAAUCAAUCCUGAGACUCAUGGAGAGAGGCACAAUGGUUCUGACUACAAACUAUGAUAAUUUACUUGAAAUAUUUGGUCAGCAACAGGGUAAACCUAUGGAAUCUUUAGACUUGAAAGAUAAGGAUAAGGUUCUUCAGUGGGCAAGAGGUCAUAUAAAAUAUGGAGUUCUUCAUAUUCACGGCUUAUAUACAGAUCCCUGUGGAAUGGUGCUAGAUCCCUCGGGAUAUAAAGAUGUUACUCAAGAUCCUGAAGUCAUGGAGGUUCUUCAAAAUUUGUAUCGAACCAAGUCUUUCUUGUUUUUGGGCUGCGGAGAGACUCUGCGUGAUCAGAUAUUCCAAGCUCUUUUUCUUUAUACUGUAAAGAAUAAAGUGGAUUUAGAACAUUAUAUGUUGGUGCUUAAAGAAAAUGAAGACCACUUUUUUAAGCUCCAGGCAGAUAUGCUGCUGCACGGAAUAAAAGUAGUGUCCUACGGGGACUGCUUUAAACAAUUCCCAGAGUACGUACAAGAUCUGACUGCUCAAAUCUGCAAGCAGAGAAGCCCAGAUGCUGAUCGAGUGGACAGCACAACACUGUUGGGAACUUCAUGUGUGGACUGUGCUAAAAGGAAGUUAGAAGAAAACGGCACUGACUCUCCUAAGAGAAUCAAGCAGUCAGACAAUGGUGCUGUUACUUCACCUGCCACUGAAUUGUCUCAGCACUAAACUGACAUAAUUACCAGUCCAGUUGCUAACACUGGUAAUCGUAUGAAAUGUUCUAGUCGGCUGCCUCUCCCCUCAGUGUCUGCAGGAGAGCACGUUCAGGACCAUUCUUUGUUCCUACACUGGCACAUUCAUACCUGGCAGUCCUGGAGGGUUGCUUCAGUCAGGUUUCUCUGCUUAUGUUCCCUGUGGAUUUGACGUUACGCCUUCAGAGAUCACAUCACACUAUAACAAGCUUUUACAGGGAGUGAAAGUGAUGAGUCUGUCAGAUGACCUUUCUGUCUGAAUUGUGGUAUGUCAACUCUUUACUCCCACGUCACAAAAACCAUUUCUGCUUGGUUCUCUAGUAUGUAUGUGUGCAAAAUGAAAAGCUUAAAAGCUUCUUUCUAGUCUAGAAACUACUGAGAUGGGUAGAGUUUUUGUGGUGUGGAAGUCUUUGUCCCUGUUCUGAAGUAGAUAAAGAUCUCAAGACAUUUUGCCUAGAAAAGCAAUCAUCUUAAACAAUGCAUGCACACUGACUCUUGUCUUCUACCCCAGAAGAAAACACCCAGUUGUCUUUCAUGAUUGACAGUCUGGAAACCAUACUUGGGUUUUAGUAUGUGAUAUAAUUGCUAAGGACCUCAAGCAUCAGUUCUCAGGGUUUCAGCCGUGUUUUUUAAAAGGUAAAAAUCAAAAGCAAACCCAGCCUGAAUAUAGACCAUACGCAUCCUCUCCCUUUGAGACACUGUAUUUAUACAUACAUCACUUUUGAAAAUUAAGUCUUCUAGCAUUGCGUAUAGCGCUCUCUGUAAAACUCCAACCUCUCAAAUUUGCUUCUCUAGUCAACAUGAAUUGGCUGUUUUCAAAAGCGAUCAGCCAUGCUAUUUUGGAUGCUGAUGUUAUCAGCUUAUAACACUU